AAUGUCUUGGGCAAGCCAUCGGGGCUGGUCGCAAUUUUGGCUCAAGGUUUCGAGGGGCCGUCGCCGGCCUCCCAGGGCUCCCCUCUGGCGUCUCUCGUUCCGCUCAGCUCUGCACAUUUGCAGACGGCAUGAUGCGCCUGCGCACGUCUCACAGCGUCGGCGCGCUGCUCUUGCUGCUGGCAGCGCGCGGCGCCCCGAGCGCUGGGUCGCCGGCGAGCGGGACGCUGGCCCGCCCGAGGGUGGAGGGCUCGGCGAGCGGUCGCCCUCGCGAGCCGCAGGCCGAGUUCGGGAGGCGCCUGUCUACCAGCGGCGCGCAGUUGCUCAAGCUCUUGGCGGGUGAUGGGGUCGACAACGACAGGUUCGGAAUGUCGGUGGCCGUGAGCUCCGACGGGGCCCGCGUGGUGGUGGGGGCCGUUUACUACUACUACUACUACGCAGACUACGAAACCACUGUUCAUGGCUCCGCGUACGUGCUCGACGGGGCCACCGGCGAGAGUCUGCUGAAGCUUGUGGCGGGUGAUGGGACUGCUUACGACCGUUUCGGAAUCUCGGUGGCCUUGAGCUCCGACGAGGGCCCGCGUGGUGGUGGGAAACGAUGUGGACAACGACCAGGGCUUCCUUUCAGGCUCCGCGUACGUGUUCGACGGGGCCACCGGCGAGAGGCUGCUGAAGCUUGUGGCGAGUGAUGGGGCCGCAGGCGACAGUUUCGGUCACUCGGUGGCCGUGAGCUCCGACGUGGCCCGUGUGGUGGUGGGGAGCAGAUAUGACAACGACCAGGGCGAAGGUGCCGGCUCCGUGUACGUGCUCGACGGGGCCACCGGCGAGAGGCUGCUGAAGCUUGUGGCGAGUGAUGGGGCCAACUACGACUUUUUCGGUUCCUCGGUGGCCGUGAGCUCCGACGGGGCCCGCGUGGUGGUGGGGGCCUACUAUGACGACGACCAGGGCACCAAUUCAGGCUCCGCGUACGUGCUCGACGGUACCACCGGCGCGAGGCUGCUGAAGCUUGCGGCGAGUGAUGGGGCUGCAGGCGACAGAUUCGGUUACUCUGUGGCCGUGAGCUCCGACGGGGCCCGCGUGGUGGCGGGGGCCUACCAAGACGACGACCAGGGCUCCACUUCCGGCUCCGUGUACGUGCUCGACGGGCUCCGACGGGGCCCGCGUGGUGGUGGGGAGCAAAUAUGACGACGACCAGGGCUCCGGUUCCUGCUCCGCGUACGUGCUCGACGGUACCACCGGCGAGAGGCUGCUGAAGCUUGUGGCGAGUGAUGGGGCUGCAGGCGACAGAUUCGGUUACUCGGUGGCCGUGAGCUCCGACGGGGCCCGCGUGGUGGUGGGGGCCUACUAUGACGACGACUAGGGCACCAAUUCAGGCUCCGCGUACGUGUUCGACUUCACCGAGGCAACAACUGAGACGACCACCGCGACGACCACCAAGACGGCCACGACGACCACCGAUACGGGCACGAGUUCCGCGACGUCAAGCACUACUACCAUCAUCAAGACAACCACCGAGACAACAACUGAGACGACCACCGCGACGACCACCAAGACGGCCACGACGACCACCGAUACGGGCACGAGUUCGGACACGUCAAACACCACAGCCACCACCGAGCCAUGGGGAUUAAUUGCAGUCUUCGCUGGUGUCUUGAUCUUCUUCUUGUUGAUCUUGUUCUUGGUCUGCGGCGUCGCGCUGGGCUGCCUGGAGGGGCUCGAAUGUCCUGGCCGUGGCAGGGGCCCAACACCCCAGCGCGGCAUUCACAACGCGGAGGUUGAGGUCAACUAGUCGGAGCAGGACGCGGAGAUCGAUGAGCACGAGUCGGCGCACCGUGUUUAGCACGAUGCGGAGCCUGUAUCAUCAGGCUACUCACCUUUGGCUUCGAGAAGCCACGUUUUUUCCCAACCAUCCAAGCGCUCUCACAUGGCCCCAACGUGCCUGCGACAGGGCGGCGGAGUUUCAUUGUUGGCGUUCGAAUGCUCUUGGUCGGCGCCUCAGUAUGUCUGCCGCUCGCGCCAAAGGCGCGUCAGGCUGCAGUGAAUUUGAUGCAUUUCUUCACUUCCAAGAGCUGGCCUCUCCACCUUGCGCGCACAUCCUUGGGCAAUCGACCAGAUAAGUGCGCGCCAGGCUGAUGCGUCUCCGUCGGAAAAUAUCAAUGUCAUGUCCUGUUGUUCACUCUUUUCACUCCAGGGGCAGCGAGGAAUUUCGCUACGCUUUGUGUGCGCACCCUUGGAUUACUUACCAGGCGGGUAUGCGCCAAGCGAUGCGUCUCUACCAGUGUAUAUCGUAUAUCUACCUAUACGACCAUCCUGCGGGUGAUGAGGAAGUUGGGGGGGGCAGCAAUGGGGAACAGUGGUGAUUGUUGUUCUGACGAUGCCUGUGGGGCGGAGUCUAGUGAGUAGUGUGAUUGUGCACGUGAGCGUGAUGUGAUGUGGC